AUGGAUAAAGCAACAUUAAGAAGAAUAGAUAAUACAUUAAAACAUUUAACAAAAGUAUCAGAUAUUGAAAGUUUACAUAAAUCAACAUUAAAAGAUGAAAUACCAAAUGUAAAAUUAUUAAGAUCAAUAUUAGAUGGUGAAUUUCAUUUUGAUCGUGAUAGAUUAAGAGAAUUAUUUCAAAGUUCAAAUACAUUUAAUGAAAGAUUUUUAAUGGAACCAUUAUCAACUGAUGAACAUCGUGAACAAACGCUACAAGCAUGUUUAGAGAUUAUUCAAUUACAAUUGGUCCAAUUGAAUGAUAUGGAAAAGAAUCCAAAGAAAUUUCUAUCAUGGUUUGAAUCGAUAUCAAUGUGUGAUCCAUCAGUAUCAUUGAAAUUUGCAGUUCAAUAUAAUUUAUGGGGUGGUACAAUUCUAUUCUUGGGUACAAAGAAACAUCAUGAUAAAUAUCUUUCAGAUAUUGCCACUGGUAAAUUACUUGGUGUUUUCGGUCUAACAGAAUUAGGUCAUGGUAGUAAUGUAAAUGGUUUAGAAACAACUGCAACCUAUGAUAGAAAUACUCAAGAGUUUAUUAUAAAUUCACCAACUUGGGAAUCUCAAAAAUAUUGGCCUGGUAAUAUUAGUAAACAUGGUAAAAUGGCAACUAUUUUUGCACGUUUAUUAAUAAAUGAUAAUGAUAUUGGUAGUGGUAGUGGUAGUGGUGAUAGUGGUAUUAAAAAAGAUAUGGGUAUACAUGCAUUUGUUGUACAAAUUAGAAGUGAAUCAACAAGUAAUAAUAAAUAUGGUGAAUUAUUACCAGGUGUAACAGUUAGGGAUAUAAGUUUAAAGAAUUGUUAUAAUGGUAUUGAUAAUGGUGGUUUAUCAUUCAAUAAUGUUAGAAUUCCAAGAGAGAAUAUGUUGGAUAGAUUUAGUAGAGUUGACGCUAAUGGUAAAUAUCAUUGUGAUCUUCCAAGUAAUCGUCAUUUCGCAAUGACUAUGAGUGUAUUUUUCAUUGGUAGAUUAUGUUUAUCAUUAAAUGCGCUAUCAUUUAUGAAAUCAGGUUUAUCAAUUGCCAUUGGUUAUUCAAUCAAUCGUCACCAAUUUAGUACAACUACCAAGUCAAGACAAGAGAUACCAAUAUUAGUCUAUAGUACAACCCAAUUACGUUUAAUACCAUACAUUGCAAGAGCAUAUGCAUUGGAUUUAGCUCAUAAAAUGAUUGCUGAUCUAUUGGGUAAUUCAACGAUUUCUAAAGAAGUGAUUCAUAGUUAUAGUAGUGGUUUUAAGGCGAUUACAAGUUGGACAUCGGUAGAAUCAUUACAAUUGGCACGUGAGGUUUUAGGUGGUCAAGGUCUUAGAUUAUGUAAUCGUAUACCAAUGUUAUUGAAUCAUGCUGAUUUGAUUACCACUGGUGAGGGUGAUAAUACAGUACUUUGUCAGCAGGUUACCAAAUUCCUAUUGGCCAAAUAUCAUGCAACCAUUAAAUCAGCAGAACCUUCCAAUUUCAAAGGUGAACUAUCCUAUAUCAAUCAUCUCACUUCUCAACCACCAACCACCUCUUUAUUGGGUGGAAAUGGAGGUACUGAUAAUUCAUCGGUAGAGUUGAAUUCAAUAGCUUUCCAUCAAUGGUUAUUGGAGAAGAGAGAAUACAUUUUAAUUAAAACUUUACAUUCUCGUCUCUAUGGUAGAAUGGAUGAUGAACUAAUUGAACCAAAUACAGAACGUUGGUUCUCCAAUUGGAAUCAAUCAUUACCACUUUGUAAAAUGAUCACCAAAGCAAAUGUUGAUCGUUUAACUCAAUCUUUCUUUUUACAUAAAAUCAAUCAGCUAGCUUCCACUUUUGGUUCAACCGAUACAAAUACAAUCACAAUGUUAAAGAAUCUUUGUCGUUUAGAUACUUUAUUUCAAAUUCAAAAGGAUUUAGGUUUCUUUAUUAAUAAUGGUCUUUUAAUUGGUGAAAGUAAAUGGAUUCAACUUCAAGAUGAAAUCACUCAUUUAUCACGUGAUAUCUCACCACAUUCCCAUUUAUUAACUGAAGCAUUUGCUAUACCAAAUAAAUUUAAUCCACUUCAAAAUUCAAUUGAAUAA